AUGUCGCCAGACAUCCCUACAGGCAUCGUCACCAGGCCCUCUGCCUCUCCUGGGACAACAGAAUCUGCAGAAGUGACCAUGACCACCCAAAGAGGUCCCACUGAGGAUACAUCACAGAACCCACUUACCAUGGGCACUACAACCAACACCUCAGGGGCAGAGAUUCACUCGACUGUGACUCAGAGUUUUACGCACUCAGAGAUGACCACUCGCAGGAGCAGAGGUCUCGAGGAUGUGUCUUGGACAAGCCCUGCCUCUGUGAAAGAAACUGGCUCUCCAUCUUCCCCACUGAUUGUAUCUACCAUGACAACACCCUCCCCUGAGCCAUCCACGUUACCAGCGAGGAGCCCCUCCUCUCCUACCCCUGUGACCUCACUUCUCACCCGUGGUCUGGGGAAGACCAAAGACACGUUGGGUACAAGUGUGGAACCUGUGUCCAGCUCACCUUCAAGUGAGACUAGCACCACCAUUGACAUACUGUCCACCUCUGAAGCCUCCACAGGAACAGAUGCAAUUCAGCCCUCCAGAAACGCAGCUGCGACCCAUGGGGCCAACCCAAGUUCUGGACAUGAAGCACAUUCCUCUGCCCCAGCUGACUCAGAGGCAUCCAAUAUCACGUCUCCAACGGUUACUCCUUCCACCUCUAGGGACACCCGUGUUUCCACAUCAAUGCCUCACUCUUUAGACACUACAGUGUCUGAGAUAGACUCCACAUCCUCUCUGACUCCUGAACUGAGGAAGACCAGCACCGUCCAGCAGAACAGCUCAGCCCCAGGGAAAAUCACCGUCCUUUCCAGAGUUCCCACUGAUACGACUACUGAGUUCUCUACGACAGAACCCAUCUCCUCUAGCCACACGUCCAUCCCUGGCCCCGUUCAGUCCACGAUGUCGCCAGACAUCCCUACAGGCAUCGUCACCAGGCCCUCUGCCUCUCCUGGGACAACAGAAUCUGCAGAAGUGACCAUGACCACCCAAAGAGGUCCCACUGAGGAUACAUCACAGAACCCACUUACCAUGGGCACUACAACCAACACCUCAGGGGCAGAGAUUCACUCGACUGUGACUCAGAGUUUUACGCACUCAGAGAUGACCACUCGCAGGAGCAGAGGUCUCGAGGAUGUGUCUUGGACAAGCCCUGCCUCUGUGAAAGAAACUGGCUCUCCAUCUUCCCCACUGAUUGUAUCUACCAUGACAACACCCUCCCCUGAGCCAUCCACGUUACCAGCGAGGAGCCCCUCCUCUCCUACCCCUGUGACCUCACUUCUCACCCGUGGUCUGGGGAAGACCAAAGACACGUUGGGUACAAGUGUGGAACCUGUGUCCAGCUCACCUUCAAGUGAGACUAGCACCACCAUUGACAUACUGUCCACCUCUGAAGCCUCCACAGGAACAGAUGCAAUUCAGCCCUCCAGAAACGCAGCUGCGACCCAUGGGGCCAACCCAAGUUCUGGACAUGAAGCACAUUCCUCUGCCCCAGCUGACUCAGAGGCAUCCAAUAUCACGUCUCCAACGGUUACUCCUUCCACCUCUAGGGACACCCGUGUUUCCACAUCAAUGCCUCACUCUUUAGACACUACAGUGUCUGAGAUAGACUCCACAUCCUCUCUGACUCCUGAACUGAGGAAGACCAGCACCGUCCAGCAGAACAGCUCAGCCCCAGGGAAAAUCACCGUCCUUUCCAGAGUUCCCACUGAUACGACUACUGAGUUCUCUACGACAGAACCCAUCUCCUCUAGCCACACGUCCAUCCCUGGCCCCGUUCAGUCCACGAUGUCGCCAGACAUCCCUACAGGCAUCGUCACCAGGCCCUCUGCCUCUCCUGGGACAACAGAAUCUGCAGAAGUGACCAUGACCACCCAAAGAGGUCCCACUGAGGAUACAUCACAGAACCCACUUACCAUGGGCACUACAACCAACACCUCAGGGGCAGAGAUUCACUCGACUGUGACUCAGAGUUUUACGCACUCAGAGAUGACCACUCGCAGGAGCAGAGGUCUCGAGGAUGUGUCUUGGACAAGCCCUGCCUCUGUGAAAGAAACUGGCUCUCCAUCUUCCCCACUGAUUGUAUCUACCAUGACAACACCCUCCCCUGAGCCAUCCACGUUACCAGCGAGGAGCCCCUCCUCUCCUACCCCUGUGACCUCACUUCUCACCCGUGGUCUGGGGAAGACCAAAGACACGUUGGGUACAAGUGUGGAACCUGUGUCCAGCUCACCUUCAAGUGAGACUAGCACCACCAUUGACAUACUGUCCACCUCUGAAGCCUCCACAGGAACAGAUGCAAUUCAGCCCUCCAGAAACGCAGCUGCGACCCAUGGGGCCAACCCAAGUUCUGGACAUGAAGCACAUUCCUCUGCCCCAGCUGACUCAGAGGCAUCCAAUAUCACGUCUCCAACGGUUACUCCUUCCACCUCUAGGGACACCCGUGUUUCCACAUCAAUGCCUCACUCUUUAGACACUACAGUGUCUGAGAUAGACUCCACAUCCUCUCUGACUCCUGAACUGAGGAAGACCAGCACCGUCCAGCAGAACAGCUCAGCCCCAGGGAAAAUCACCGUCCUUUCCAGAGUUCCCACUGAUACGACUACUGAGUUCUCUACGACAGAACCCAUCUCCUCUAGCCACACGUCCAUCCCUGGCCCCGUUCAGUCCACGAUGUCGCCAGACAUCCCUACAGGCAUCGUCACCAGGCCCUCUGCCUCUCCUGGGACAACAGAAUCUGCAGAAGUGACCAUGACCACCCAAAGAGGUCCCACUGAGGAUACAUCACAGAACCCACUUACCAUGGGCACUACAACCAACACCUCAGGGGCAGAGAUUCACUCGACUGUGACUCAGAGUUUUACGCACUCAGAGAUGACCACUCGCAGGAGCAGAGGUCUCGAGGAUGUGUCUUGGACAAGCCCUGCCUCUGUGAAAGAAACUGGCUCUCCAUCUUCCCCACUGAUUGUAUCUACCAUGACAACACCCUCCCCUGAGCCAUCCACGUUACCAGCGAGGAGCCCCUCCUCUCCUACCCCUGUGACCUCACUUCUCACCCGUGGUCUGGGGAAGACCAAAGACACGUUGGGUACAAGUGUGGAACCUGUGUCCAGCUCACCUUCAAGUGAGACUAGCACCACCAUUGACAUACUGUCCACCUCUGAAGCCUCCACAGGAACAGAUGCAAUUCAGCCCUCCAGAAACGCAGCUGCGACCCAUGGGGCCAACCCAAGUUCUGGACAUGAAGCACAUUCCUCUGCCCCAGCUGACUCAGAGGCAUCCAAUAUCACGUCUCCAACGGUUACUCCUUCCACCUCUAGGGACACCCGUGUUUCCACAUCAAUGCCUCACUCUUUAGACACUACAGUGUCUGAGAUAGACUCCACAUCCUCUCUGACUCCUGAACUGAGGAAGACCAGCACCGUCCAGCAGAACAGCUCAGCCCCAGGGAAAAUCACCGUCCUUUCCAGAGUUCCCACUGAUACGACUACUGAGUUCUCUACGACAGAACCCAUCUCCUCUAGCCACACGUCCAUCCCUGGCCCCGUUCAGUCCACGAUGUCGCCAGACAUCCCUACAGGCAUCGUCACCAGGCCCUCUGCCUCUCCUGGGACAACAGAAUCUGCAGAAGUGACCAUGACCACCCAAAGAGGUCCCACUGAGGAUACAUCACAGAACCCACUUACCAUGGGCACUACAACCAACACCUCAGGGGCAGAGAUUCACUCGACUGUGACUCAGAGUUUUACGCACUCAGAGAUGACCACUCGCAGGAGCAGAGGUCUCGAGGAUGUGUCUUGGACAAGCCCUGCCUCUGUGAAAGAAACUGGCUCUCCAUCUUCCCCACUGAUUGUAUCUACCAUGACAACACCCUCCCCUGAGCCAUCCACGUUACCAGCGAGGAGCCCCUCCUCUCCUACCCCUGUGACCUCACUUCUCACCCGUGGUCUGGGGAAGACCAAAGACACGUUGGGUACAAGUGUGGAACCUGUGUCCAGCUCACCUUCAAGUGAGACUAGCACCACCAUUGACAUACUGUCCACCUCUGAAGCCUCCACAGGAACAGAUGCAAUUCAGCCCUCCAGAAACGCAGCUGCGACCCAUGGGGCCAACCCAAGUUCUGGACAUGAAGCACAUUCCUCUGCCCCAGCUGACUCAGAGGCAUCCAAUAUCACGUCUCCAACGGUUACUCCUUCCACCUCUAGGGACACCCGUGUUUCCACAUCAAUGCCUCACUCUUUAGACACUACAGUGUCUGAGAUAGACUCCACAUCCUCUCUGACUCCUGAACUGAGGAAGACCAGCACCGUCCAGCAGAACAGCUCAGCCCCAGGGAAAAUCACCGUCCUUUCCAGAGUUCCCACUGAUACGACUACUGAGUUCUCUACGACAGAACCCAUCUCCUCUAGCCACACGUCCAUCCCUGGCCCCGUUCAGUCCACGAUGUCGCCAGACAUCCCUACAGGCAUCGUCACCAGGCCCUCUGCCUCUCCUGGGACAACAGAAUCUGCAGAAGUGACCAUGACCACCCAAAGAGGUCCCACUGAGGAUACAUCACAGAACCCACUUACCAUGGGCACUACAACCAACACCUCAGGGGCAGAGAUUCACUCGACUGUGACUCAGAGUUUUACGCACUCAGAGAUGACCACUCGCAGGAGCAGAGGUCUCGAGGAUGUGUCUUGGACAAGCCCUGCCUCUGUGAAAGAAACUGGCUCUCCAUCUUCCCCACUGAUUGUAUCUACCAUGACAACACCCUCCCCUGAGCCAUCCACGUUACCAGCGAGGAGCCCCUCCUCUCCUACCCCUGUGACCUCACUUCUCACCCGUGGUCUGGGGAAGACCAAAGACACGUUGGGUACAAGUGUGGAACCUGUGUCCAGCUCACCUUCAAGUGAGACUAGCACCACCAUUGACAUACUGUCCACCUCUGAAGCCUCCACAGGAACAGAUGCAAUUCAGCCCUCCAGAAACGCAGCUGCGACCCAUGGGGCCAACCCAAGUUCUGGACAUGAAGCACAUUCCUCUGCCCCAGCUGACUCAGAGGCAUCCAAUAUCACGUCUCCAACGGUUACUCCUUCCACCUCUAGGGACACCCGUGUUUCCACAUCAAUGCCUCACUCUUUAGACACUACAGUGUCUGAGAUAGACUCCACAUCCUCUCUGACUCCUGAACUGAGGAAGACCAGCACCGUCCAGCAGAACAGCUCAGCCCCAGGGAAAAUCACCGUCCUUUCCAGAGUUCCCACUGAUACGACUACUGAGUUCUCUACGACAGAACCCAUCUCCUCUAGCCACACGUCCAUCCCUGGCCCCGUUCAGUCCACGAUGUCGCCAGACAUCCCUACAGGCAUCGUCACCAGGCCCUCUGCCUCUCCUGGGACAACAGAAUCUGCAGAAGUGACCAUGACCACCCAAAGAGGUCCCACUGAGGAUACAUCACAGAACCCACUUACCAUGGGCACUACAACCAACACCUCAGGGGCAGAGAUUCACUCGACUGUGACUCAGAGUUUUACGCACUCAGAGAUGACCACUCGCAGGAGCAGAGGUCUCGAGGAUGUGUCUUGGACAAGCCCUGCCUCUGUGAAAGAAACUGGCUCUCCAUCUUCCCCACUGAUUGUAUCUACCAUGACAACACCCUCCCCUGAGCCAUCCACGUUACCAGCGAGGAGCCCCUCCUCUCCUACCCCUGUGACCUCACUUCUCACCCGUGGUCUGGGGAAGACCAAAGACACGUUGGGUACAAGUGUGGAACCUGUGUCCAGCUCACCUUCAAGUGAGACUAGCACCACCAUUGACAUACUGUCCACCUCUGAAGCCUCCACAGGAACAGAUGCAAUUCAGCCCUCCAGAAACGCAGCUGCGACCCAUGGGGCCAACCCAAGUUCUGGACAUGAAGCACAUUCCUCUGCCCCAGCUGACUCAGAGGCAUCCAAUAUCACGUCUCCAACGGUUACUCCUUCCACCUCUAGGGACACCCGUGUUUCCACAUCAAUGCCUCACUCUUUAGACACUACAGUGUCUGAGAUAGACUCCACAUCCUCUCUGACUCCUGAACUGAGGAAGACCAGCACCGUCCAGCAGAACAGCUCAGCCCCAGGGAAAAUCACCGUCCUUUCCAGAGUUCCCACUGAUACGACUACUGAGUUCUCUACGACAGAACCCAUCUCCUCUAGCCACACGUCCAUCCCUGGCCCCGUUCAGUCCACGAUGUCGCCAGACAUCCCUACAGGCAUCGUCACCAGGCCCUCUGCCUCUCCUGGGACAACAGAAUCUGCAGAAGUGACCAUGACCACCCAAAGAGGUCCCACUGAGGAUACAUCACAGAACCCACUUACCAUGGGCACUACAACCAACACCUCAGGGGCAGAGAUUCACUCGACUGUGACUCAGAGUUUUACGCACUCAGAGAUGACCACUCGCAGGAGCAGAGGUCUCGAGGAUGUGUCUUGGACAAGCCCUGCCUCUGUGAAAGAAACUGGCUCUCCAUCUUCCCCACUGAUUGUAUCUACCAUGACAACACCCUCCCCUGAGCCAUCCACGUUACCAGCGAGGAGCCCCUCCUCUCCUACCCCUGUGACCUCACUUCUCACCCGUGGUCUGGGGAAGACCAAAGACACGUUGGGUACAAGUGUGGAACCUGUGUCCAGCUCACCUUCAAGUGAGACUAGCACCACCAUUGACAUACUGUCCACCUCUGAAGCCUCCACAGGAACAGAUGCAAUUCAGCCCUCCAGAAACGCAGCUGCGACCCAUGGGGCCAACCCAAGUUCUGGACAUGAAGCACAUUCCUCUGCCCCAGCUGACUCAGAGGCAUCCAAUAUCACGUCUCCAACGGUUACUCCUUCCACCUCUAGGGACACCCGUGUUUCCACAUCAAUGCCUCACUCUUUAGACACUACAGUGUCUGAGAUAGACUCCACAUCCUCUCUGACUCCUGAACUGAGGAAGACCAGCACCGUCCAGCAGAACAGCUCAGCCCCAGGGAAAAUCACCGUCCUUUCCAGAGUUCCCACUGAUACGACUACUGAGUUCUCUACGACAGAACCCAUCUCCUCUAGCCACACGUCCAUCCCUGGCCCCGUUCAGUCCACGAUGUCGCCAGACAUCCCUACAGGCAUCGUCACCAGGCCCUCUGCCUCUCCUGGGACAACAGAAUCUGCAGAAGUGACCAUGACCACCCAAAGAGGUCCCACUGAGGAUACAUCACAGAACCCACUUACCAUGGGCACUACAACCAACACCUCAGGGGCAGAGAUUCACUCGACUGUGACUCAGAGUUUUACGCACUCAGAGAUGACCACUCGCAGGAGCAGAGGUCUCGAGGAUGUGUCUUGGACAAGCCCUGCCUCUGUGAAAGAAACUGGCUCUCCAUCUUCCCCACUGAUUGUAUCUACCAUGACAACACCCUCCCCUGAGCCAUCCACGUUACCAGCGAGGAGCCCCUCCUCUCCUACCCCUGUGACCUCACUUCUCACCCGUGGUCUGGGGAAGACCAAAGACACGUUGGGUACAAGUGUGGAACCUGUGUCCAGCUCACCUUCAAGUGAGACUAGCACCACCAUUGACAUACUGUCCACCUCUGAAGCCUCCACAGGAACAGAUGCAAUUCAGCCCUCCAGAAACGCAGCUGCGACCCAUGGGGCCAACCCAAGUUCUGGACAUGAAGCACAUUCCUCUGCCCCAGCUGACUCAGAGGCAUCCAAUAUCACGUCUCCAACGGUUACUCCUUCCACCUCUAGGGACACCCGUGUUUCCACAUCAAUGCCUCACUCUUUAGACACUACAGUGUCUGAGAUAGACUCCACAUCCUCUCUGACUCCUGAACUGAGGAAGACCAGCACCGUCCAGCAGAACAGCUCAGCCCCAGGGAAAAUCACCGUCCUUUCCAGAGUUCCCACUGAUACGACUACUGAGUUCUCUACGACAGAACCCAUCUCCUCUAGCCACACGUCCAUCCCUGGCCCCGUUCAGUCCACGAUGUCGCCAGACAUCCCUACAGGCAUCGUCACCAGGCCCUCUGCCUCUCCUGGGACAACAGAAUCUGCAGAAGUGACCAUGACCACCCAAAGAGGUCCCACUGAGGAUACAUCACAGAACCCACUUACCAUGGGCACUACAACCAACACCUCAGGGGCAGAGAUUCACUCGACUGUGACUCAGAGUUUUACGCACUCAGAGAUGACCACUCGCAGGAGCAGAGGUCUCGAGGAUGUGUCUUGGACAAGCCCUGCCUCUGUGAAAGAAACUGGCUCUCCAUCUUCCCCACUGAUUGUAUCUACCAUGACAACACCCUCCCCUGAGCCAUCCACGUUACCAGCGAGGAGCCCCUCCUCUCCUACCCCUGUGACCUCACUUCUCACCCGUGGUCUGGGGAAGACCAAAGACACGUUGGGUACAAGUGUGGAACCUGUGUCCAGCUCACCUUCAAGUGAGACUAGCACCACCAUUGACAUACUGUCCACCUCUGAAGCCUCCACAGGAACAGAUGCAAUUCAGCCCUCCAGAAACGCAGCUGCGACCCAUGGGGCCAACCCAAGUUCUGGACAUGAAGCACAUUCCUCUGCCCCAGCUGACUCAGAGGCAUCCAAUAUCACGUCUCCAACGGUUACUCCUUCCACCUCUAGGGACACCCGUGUUUCCACAUCAAUGCCUCACUCUUUAGACACUACAGUGUCUGAGAUAGACUCCACAUCCUCUCUGACUCCUGAACUGAGGAAGACCAGCACCGUCCAGCAGAACAGCUCAGCCCCAGGGAAAAUCACCGUCCUUUCCAGAGUUCCCACUGAUACGACUACUGAGUUCUCUACGACAGAACCCAUCUCCUCUAGCCACACGUCCAUCCCUGGCCCCGUUCAGUCCACGAUGUCGCCAGACAUCCCUACAGGCAUCGUCACCAGGCCCUCUGCCUCUCCUGGGACAACAGAAUCUGCAGAAGUGACCAUGACCACCCAAAGAGGUCCCACUGAGGAUACAUCACAGAACCCACUUACCAUGGGCACUACAACCAACACCUCAGGGGCAGAGAUUCACUCGACUGUGACUCAGAGUUUUACGCACUCAGAGAUGACCACUCGCAGGAGCAGAGGUCUCGAGGAUGUGUCUUGGACAAGCCCUGCCUCUGUGAAAGAAACUGGCUCUCCAUCUUCCCCACUGAUUGUAUCUACCAUGACAACACCCUCCCCUGAGCCAUCCACGUUACCAGCGAGGAGCCCCUCCUCUCCUACCCCUGUGACCUCACUUCUCACCCGUGGUCUGGGGAAGACCAAAGACACGUUGGGUACAAGUGUGGAACCUGUGUCCAGCUCACCUUCAAGUGAGACUAGCACCACCAUUGACAUACUGUCCACCUCUGAAGCCUCCACAGGAACAGAUGCAAUUCAGCCCUCCAGAAACGCAGCUGCGACCCAUGGGGCCAACCCAAGUUCUGGACAUGAAGCACAUUCCUCUGCCCCAGCUGACUCAGAGGCAUCCAAUAUCACGUCUCCAACGGUUACUCCUUCCACCUCUAGGGACACCCGUGUUUCCACAUCAAUGCCUCACUCUUUAGACACUACAGUGUCUGAGAUAGACUCCACAUCCUCUCUGACUCCUGAACUGAGGAAGACCAGCACCGUCCAGCAGAACAGCUCAGCCCCAGGGAAAAUCACCGUCCUUUCCAGAGUUCCCACUGAUACGACUACUGAGUUCUCUACGACAGAACCCAUCUCCUCUAGCCACACGUCCAUCCCUGGCCCCGUUCAGUCCACGAUGUCGCCAGACAUCCCUACAGGCAUCGUCACCAGGCCCUCUGCCUCUCCUGGGACAACAGAAUCUGCAGAAGUGACCAUGACCACCCAAAGAGGUCCCACUGAGGAUACAUCACAGAACCCACUUACCAUGGGCACUACAACCAACACCUCAGGGGCAGAGAUUCACUCGACUGUGACUCAGAGUUUUACGCACUCAGAGAUGACCACUCGCAGGAGCAGAGGUCUCGAGGAUGUGUCUUGGACAAGCCCUGCCUCUGUGAAAGAAACUGGCUCUCCAUCUUCCCCACUGAUUGUAUCUACCAUGACAACACCCUCCCCUGAGCCAUCCACGUUACCAGCGAGGAGCCCCUCCUCUCCUACCCCUGUGACCUCACUUCUCACCCGUGGUCUGGGGAAGACCAAAGACACGUUGGGUACAAGUGUGGAACCUGUGUCCAGCUCACCUUCAAGUGAGACUAGCACCACCAUUGACAUACUGUCCACCUCUGAAGCCUCCACAGGAACAGAUGCAAUUCAGCCCUCCAGAAACGCAGCUGCGACCCAUGGGGCCAACCCAAGUUCUGGACAUGAAGCACAUUCCUCUGCCCCAGCUGACUCAGAGGCAUCCAAUAUCACGUCUCCAACGGUUACUCCUUCCACCUCUAGGGACACCCGUGUUUCCACAUCAAUGCCUCACUCUUUAGACACUACAGUGUCUGAGAUAGACUCCACAUCCUCUCUGACUCCUGAACUGAGGAAGACCAGCACCGUCCAGCAGAACAGCUCAGCCCCAGGGAAAAUCACCGUCCUUUCCAGAGUUCCCACUGAUACGACUACUGAGUUCUCUACGACAGAACCCAUCUCCUCUAGCCACACGUCCAUCCCUGGCCCCGUUCAGUCCACGAUGUCGCCAGACAUCCCUACAGGCAUCGUCACCAGGCCCUCUGCCUCUCCUGGGACAACAGAAUCUGCAGAAGUGACCAUGACCACCCAAAGAGGUCCCACUGAGGAUACAUCACAGAACCCACUUACCAUGGGCACUACAACCAACACCUCAGGGGCAGAGAUUCACUCGACUGUGACUCAGAGUUUUACGCACUCAGAGAUGACCACUCGCAGGAGCAGAGGUCUCGAGGAUGUGUCUUGGACAAGCCCUGCCUCUGUGAAAGAAACUGGCUCUCCAUCUUCCCCACUGAUUGUAUCUACCAUGACAACACCCUCCCCUGAGCCAUCCACGUUACCAGCGAGGAGCCCCUCCUCUCCUACCCCUGUGACCUCACUUCUCACCCGUGGUCUGGGGAAGACCAAAGACACGUUGGGUACAAGUGUGGAACCUGUGUCCAGCUCACCUUCAAGUGAGACUAGCACCACCAUUGACAUACUGUCCACCUCUGAAGCCUCCACAGGAACAGAUGCAAUUCAGCCCUCCAGAAACGCAGCUGCGACCCAUGGGGCCAACCCAAGUUCUGGACAUGAAGCACAUUCCUCUGCCCCAGCUGACUCAGAGGCAUCCAAUAUCACGUCUCCAACGGUUACUCCUUCCACCUCUAGGGACACCCGUGUUUCCACAUCAAUGCCUCACUCUUUAGACACUACAGUGUCUGAGAUAGACUCCACAUCCUCUCUGACUCCUGAACUGAGGAAGACCAGCACCGUCCAGCAGAACAGCUCAGCCCCAGGGAAAAUCACCGUUCUUUCCAGAGUUCCCACUGAUACGACUACUGAGUUCUCUACGACAGAACCCAUCUCCUCUAGCCACACGUCCAUCCCUGGCCCCGUUCAGUCCACGAUGUCGCCAGACAUCCCUACAGGCAUCGUCACCAGGCCCUCUGCCUCUCCUGGGACAACAGAAUCUGCAGAAGUGACCAUGACCACCCAAAGAGGUCCCACUGAGGAUACAUCACAGAACCCACUUACCAUGGGCACUACAACCAACACCUCAGGGGCAGAGAUUCACUCGACUGUGACUCAGAGUUUUACGCACUCAGAGAUGACCACUCGCAGGAGCAGAGGUCUCGAGGAUGUGUCUUGGACAAGCCCUGCCUCUGUGAAAGAAACUGGCUCUCCAUCUUCCCCACUGAUUGUAUCUACCAUGACAACACCCUCCCCUGAGCCAUCCACGUUACCAGCGAGGAGCCCCUCCUCUCCUACCCCUGUGACCUCACUUCUCACCCGUGGUCUGGGGAAGACCAAAGACACGUUGGGUACAAGUGUGGAACCUGUGUCCAGCUCACCUUCAAGUGAGACUAGCACCACCAUUGACAUACUGUCCACCUCUGAAGCCUCCACAGGAACAGAUGCAAUUCAGCCCUCCAGAAACGCAGCUGCGACCCAUGGGGCCAACCCAAGUUCUGGACAUGAAGCACAUUCCUCUGCCCCAGCUGACUCAGAGGCAUCCAAUAUCACGUCUCCAACGGUUACUCCUUCCACCUCUAGGGACACCCGUGUUUCCACAUCAAUGCCUCACUCUUUAGACACUACAGUGUCUGAGAUAGACUCCACAUCCUCUCUGACUCCUGAACUGAGGAAGACCAGCACCGUCCAGCAGAACAGCUCAGCCCCAGGGAAAAUCACCGUCCUUUCCAGAGUUCCCACUGAUACGACUACUGAGUUCUCUACGACAGAACCCAUCUCCUCUAGCCACACGUCCAUCCCUGGCCCCGUUCAGUCCACGAUGUCGCCAGACAUCCCUACAGGCAUCGUCACCAGGCCCUCUGCCUCUCCUGGGACAACAGAAUCUGCAGAAGUGACCAUGACCACCCAAAGAGGUCCCACUGAGGAUACAUCACAGAACCCACUUACCAUGGGCACUACAACCAACACCUCAGGGGCAGAGAUUCACUCGACUGUGACUCAGAGUUUUACGCACUCAGAGAUGACCACUCGCAGGAGCAGAGGUCUCGAGGAUGUGUCUUGGACAAGCCCUGCCUCUGUGAAAGAAACUGGCUCUCCAUCUUCCCCACUGAUUGUAUCUACCAUGACAACACCCUCCCCUGAGCCAUCCACGUUACCAGCGAGGAGCCCCUCCUCUCCUACCCCUGUGACCUCACUUCUCACCCGUGGUCUGGGGAAGACCAAAGACACGUUGGGUACAAGUGUGGAACCUGUGUCCAGCUCACCUUCAAGUGAGACUAGCACCACCAUUGACAUACUGUCCACCUCUGAAGCCUCCACAGGAACAGAUGCAAUUCAGCCCUCCAGAAACGCAGCUGCGACCCAUGGGGCCAACCCAAGUUCUGGACAUGAAGCACAUUCCUCUGCCCCAGCUGACUCAGAGGCAUCCAAUAUCACGUCUCCAACGGUUACUCCUUCCACCUCUAGGGACACCCGUGUUUCCACAUCAAUGCCUCACUCUUUAGACACUACAGUGUCUGAGAUAGACUCCACAUCCUCUCUGACUCCUGAACUGAGGAAGACCAGCACCGUCCAGCAGAACAGCUCAGCCCCAGGGAAAAUCACCGUCCUUUCCAGAGUUCCCACUGAUACGACUACUGAGUUCUCUACGACAGAACCCAUCUCCUCUAGCCACACGUCCAUCCCUGGCCCCGUUCAGUCCACGAUGUCGCCAGACAUCCCUACAGGCAUCGUCACCAGGCCCUCUGCCUCUCCUGGGACAACAGAAUCUGCAGAAGUGACCAUGACCACCCAAAGAGGUCCCACUGAGGAUACAUCACAGAACCCACUUACCAUGGGCACUACAACCAACACCUCAGGGGCAGAGAUUCACUCGACUGUGACUCAGAGUUUUACGCACUCAGAGAUGACCACUCGCAGGAGCAGAGGUCUCGAGGAUGUGUCUUGGACAAGCCCUGCCUCUGUGAAAGAAACUGGCUCUCCAUCUUCCCCACUGAUUGUAUCUACCAUGACAACACCCUCCCCUGAGCCAUCCACGUUACCAGCGAGGAGCCCCUCCUCUCCUACCCCUGUGACCUCACUUCUCACCCGUGGUCUGGGGAAGACCAAAGACACGUUGGGUACAAGUGUGGAACCUGUGUCCAGCUCACCUUCAAGUGAGACUAGCACCACCAUUGACAUACUGUCCACCUCUGAAGCCUCCACAGGAACAGAUGCAAUUCAGCCCUCCAGAAACGCAGCUGCGACCCAUGGGGCCAACCCAAGUUCUGGACAUGAAGCACAUUCCUCUGCCCCAGCUGACUCAGAGGCAUCCAAUAUCACGUCUCCAACGGUUACUCCUUCCACCUCUAGGGACACCCGUGUUUCCACAUCAAUGCCUCACUCUUUAGACACUACAGUGUCUGAGAUAGACUCCACAUCCUCUCUGACUCCUGAACUGAGGAAGACCAGCACCGUCCAGCAGAACAGCUCAGCCCCAGGGAAAAUCACCGUCCUUUCCAGAGUUCCCACUGAUACGACUACUGAGUUCUCUACGACAGAACCCAUCUCCUCUAGCCACACGUCCAUCCCUGGCCCCGUUCAGUCCACGAUGUCGCCAGACAUCCCUACAGGCAUCGUCACCAGGCCCUCUGCCUCUCCUGGGACAACAGAAUCUGCAGAAGUGACCAUGACCACCCAAAGAGGUCCCACUGAGGAUACAUCACAGAACCCACUUACCAUGGGCACUACAACCAACACCUCAGGGGCAGAGAUUCACUCGACUGUGACUCAGAGUUUUACGCACUCAGAGAUGACCACUCGCAGGAGCAGAGGUCUCGAGGAUGUGUCUUGGACAAGCCCUGCCUCUGUGAAAGAAACUGGCUCUCCAUCUUCCCCACUGAUUGUAUCUACCAUGACAACACCCUCCCCUGAGCCAUCCACGUUACCAGCGAGGAGCCCCUCCUCUCCUACCCCUGUGACCUCACUUCUCACCCGUGGUCUGGGGAAGACCAAAGACACGUUGGGUACAAGUGUGGAACCUGUGUCCAGCUCACCUUCAAGUGAGACUAGCACCACCAUUGACAUACUGUCCACCUCUGAAGCCUCCACAGGAACAGAUGCAAUUCAGCCCUCCAGAAACGCAGCUGCGACCCAUGGGGCCAACCCAAGUUCUGGACAUGAAGCACAUUCCUCUGCCCCAGCUGACUCAGAGGCAUCCAAUAUCACGUCUCCAACGGUUACUCCUUCCACCUCUAGGGACACCCGUGUUUCCACAUCAAUGCCUCACUCUUUAGACACUACAGUGUCUGAGAUAGACUCCACAUCCUCUCUGACUCCUGAACUGAGGAAGACCAGCACCGUCCAGCAGAACAGCUCAGCCCCAGGGAAAAUCACCGUCCUUUCCAGAGUUCCCACUGAUACGACUACUGAGUUCUCUACGACAGAACCCAUCUCCUCUAGCCACACGUCCAUCCCUGGCCCCGUUCAGUCCACGAUGUCGCCAGACAUCCCUACAGGCAUCGUCACCAGGCCCUCUGCCUCUCCUGGGACAACAGAAUCUGCAGAAGUGACCAUGACCACCCAAAGAGGUCCCACUGAGGAUACAUCACAGAACCCACUUACCAUGGGCACUACAACCAACACCUCAGGGGCAGAGAUUCACUCGACUGUGACUCAGAGUUUUACGCACUCAGAGAUGACCACUCGCAGGAGCAGAGGUCUCGAGGAUGUGUCUUGGACAAGCCCUGCCUCUGUGAAAGAAACUGGCUCUCCAUCUUCCCCACUGAUUGUAUCUACCAUGACAACACCCUCCCCUGAGCCAUCCACGUUACCAGCGAGGAGCCCCUCCUCUCCUACCCCUGUGACCUCACUUCUCACCCGUGGUCUGGGGAAGACCAAAGACACGUUGGGUACAAGUGUGGAACCUGUGUCCAGCUCACCUUCAAGUGAGACUAGCACCACCAUUGACAUACUGUCCACCUCUGAAGCCUCCACAGGAACAGAUGCAAUUCAGCCCUCCAGAAACGCAGCUGCGACCCAUGGGGCCAACCCAAGUUCUGGACAUGAAGCACAUUCCUCUGCCCCAGCUGACUCAGAGGCAUCCAAUAUCACGUCUCCAACGGUUACUCCUUCCACCUCUAGGGACACCCGUGUUUCCACAUCAAUGCCUCACUCUUUAGACACUACAGUGUCUGAGAUAGACUCCACAUCCUCUCUGACUCCUGAACUGAGGAAGACCAGCACCGUCCAGCAGAACAGCUCAGCCCCAGGGAAAAUCACCGUCCUUUCCAGAGUUCCCACUGAUACGACUACUGAGUUCUCUACGACAGAACCCAUCUCCUCUAGCCACACGUCCAUCCCUGGCCCCGUUCAGUCCACGAUGUCGCCAGACAUCCCUACAGGCAUCGUCACCAGGCCCUCUGCCUCUCCUGGGACAACAGAAUCUGCAGAAGUGACCAUGACCACCCAAAGAGGUCCCACUGAGGAUACAUCACAGAACCCACUUACCAUGGGCACUACAACCAACACCUCAGGGGCAGAGAUUCACUCGACUGUGACUCAGAGUUUUACGCACUCAGAGAUGACCACUCGCAGGAGCAGAGGUCUCGAGGAUGUGUCUUGGACAAGCCCUGCCUCUGUGAAAGAAACUGGCUCUCCAUCUUCCCCACUGAUUGUAUCUACCAUGACAACACCCUCCCCUGAGCCAUCCACGUUACCAGCGAGGAGCCCCUCCUCUCCUACCCCUGUGACCUCACUUCUCACCCGUGGUCUGGGGAAGACCAAAGACACGUUGGGUACAAGUGUGGAACCUGUGUCCAGCUCACCUUCAAGUGAGACUAGCACCACCAUUGACAUACUGUCCACCUCUGAAGCCUCCACAGGAACAGAUGCAAUUCAGCCCUCCAGAAACGCAGCUGCGACCCAUGGGGCCAACCCAAGUUCUGGACAUGAAGCACAUUCCUCUGCCCCAGCUGACUCAGAGGCAUCCAAUAUCACGUCUCCAACGGUUACUCCUUCCACCUCUAGGGACACCCGUGUUUCCACAUCAAUGCCUCACUCUUUAGACACUACAGUGUCUGAGAUAGACUCCACAUCCUCUCUGACUCCUGAACUGAGGAAGACCAGCACCGUCCAGCAGAACAGCUCAGCCCCAGGGAAAAUCACCGUCCUUUCCAGAGUUCCCACUGAUACGACUACUGAGUUCUCUACGACAGAACCCAUCUCCUCUAGCCACACGUCCAUCCCUGGCCCCGUUCAGUCCACGAUGUCGCCAGACAUCCCUACAGGCAUCGUCACCAGGCCCUCUGCCUCUCCUGGGACAACAGAAUCUGCAGAAGUGACCAUGACCACCCAAAGAGGUCCCACUGAGGAUACAUCACAGAACCCACUUACCAUGGGCACUACAACCAACACCUCAGGGGCAGAGAUUCACUCGACUGUGACUCAGAGUUUUACGCACUCAGAGAUGACCACUCGCAGGAGCAGAGGUCUCGAGGAUGUGUCUUGGACAAGCCCUGCCUCUGUGAAAGAAACUGGCUCUCCAUCUUCCCCACUGAUUGUAUCUACCAUGACAACACCCUCCCCUGAGCCAUCCACGUUACCAGCGAGGAGCCCCUCCUCUCCUACCCCUGUGACCUCACUUCUCACCCGUGGUCUGGGGAAGACCAAAGACACGUUGGGUACAAGUGUGGAACCUGUGUCCAGCUCACCUUCAAGUGAGACUAGCACCACCAUUGACAUACUGUCCACCUCUGAAGCCUCCACAGGAACAGAUGCAAUUCAGCCCUCCAGAAACGCAGCUGCGACCCAUGGGGCCAACCCAAGUUCUGGACAUGAAGCACAUUCCUCUGCCCCAGCUGACUCAGAGGCAUCCAAUAUCACGUCUCCAACGGUUACUCCUUCCACCUCUAGGGACACCCGUGUUUCCACAUCAAUGCCUCACUCUUUAGACACUACAGUGUCUGAGAUAGACUCCACAUCCUCUCUGACUCCUGAACUGAGGAAGACCAGCACCGUCCAGCAGAACAGCUCAGCCCCAGGGAAAAUCACCGUCCUUUCCAGAGUUCCCACUGAUACGACUACUGAGUUCUCUACGACAGAACCCAUCUCCUCUAGCCACACGUCCAUCCCUGGCCCCGUUCAGUCCACGAUGUCGCCAGACAUCCCUACAGGCAUCGUCACCAGGCCCUCUGCCUCUCCUGGGACAACAGAAUCUGCAGAAGUGACCAUGACCACCCAAAGAGGUCCCACUGAGGAUACAUCACAGAACCCACUUACCAUGGGCACUACAACCAACACCUCAGGGGCAGAGAUUCACUCGACUGUGACUCAGAGUUUUACGCACUCAGAGAUGACCACUCGCAGGAGCAGAGGUCUCGAGGAUGUGUCUUGGACAAGCCCUGCCUCUGUGAAAGAAACUGGCUCUCCAUCUUCCCCACUGAUUGUAUCUACCAUGACAACACCCUCCCCUGAGCCAUCCACGUUACCAGCGAGGAGCCCCUCCUCUCCUACCCCUGUGACCUCACUUCUCACCCGUGGUCUGGGGAAGACCAAAGACACGUUGGGUACAAGUGUGGAACCUGUGUCCAGCUCACCUUCAAGUGAGACUAGCACCACCAUUGACAUACUGUCCACCUCUGAAGCCUCCACAGGAACAGAUGCAAUUCAGCCCUCCAGAAACGCAGCUGCGACCCAUGGGGCCAACCCAAGUUCUGGACAUGAAGCACAUUCCUCUGCCCCAGCUGACUCAGAGGCAUCCAAUAUCACGUCUCCAACGGUUACUCCUUCCACCUCUAGGGACACCCGUGUUUCCACAUCAAUGCCUCACUCUUUAGACACUACAGUGUCUGAGAUAGACUCCACAUCCUCUCUGACUCCUGAACUGAGGAAGACCAGCACCGUCCAGCAGAACAGCUCAGCCCCAGGGAAAAUCACCGUCCUUUCCAGAGUUCCCACUGAUACGACUACUGAGUUCUCUACGACAGAACCCAUCUCCUCUAGCCACACGUCCAUCCCUGGCCCCGUUCAGUCCACGAUGUCGCCAGACAUCCCUACAGGCAUCGUCACCAGGCCCUCUGCCUCUCCUGGGACAACAGAAUCUGCAGAAGUGACCAUGACCACCCAAAGAGGUCCCACUGAGGAUACAUCACAGAACCCACUUACCAUGGGCACUACAACCAACACCUCAGGGGCAGAGAUUCACUCGACUGUGACUCAGAGUUUUACGCACUCAGAGAUGACCACUCGCAGGAGCAGAGGUCUCGAGGAUGUGUCUUGGACAAGCCCUGCCUCUGUGAAAGAAACUGGCUCUCCAUCUUCCCCACUGAUUGUAUCUACCAUGACAACACCCUCCCCUGAGCCAUCCACGUUACCAGCGAGGAGCCCCUCCUCUCCUACCCCUGUGACCUCACUUCUCACCCGUGGUCUGGGGAAGACCAAAGACACGUUGGGUACAAGUGUGGAACCUGUGUCCAGCUCACCUUCAAGUGAGACUAGCACCACCAUUGACAUACUGUCCACCUCUGAAGCCUCCACAGGAACAGAUGCAAUUCAGCCCUCCAGAAACGCAGCUGCGACCCAUGGGGCCAACCCAAGUUCUGGACAUGAAGCACAUUCCUCUGCCCCAGCUGACUCAGAGGCAUCCAAUAUCACGUCUCCAACGGUUACUCCUUCCACCUCUAGGGACACCCGUGUUUCCACAUCAAUGCCUCACUCUUUAGACACUACAGUGUCUGAGAUAGACUCCACAUCCUCUCUGACUCCUGAACUGAGGAAGACCAGCACCGUCCAGCAGAACAGCUCAGCCCCAGGGAAAAUCACCGUCCUUUCCAGAGUUCCCACUGAUACGACUACUGAGUUCUCUACGACAGAACCCAUCUCCUCUAGCCACACGUCCAUCCCUGGCCCCGUUCAGUCCACGAUGUCGCCAGACAUCCCUACAGGCAUCGUCACCAGGCCCUCUGCCUCUCCUGGGACAACAGAAUCUGCAGAAGUGACCAUGACCACCCAAAGAGGUCCCACUGAGGAUACAUCACAGAACCCACUUACCAUGGGCACUACAACCAACACCUCAGGGGCAGAGAUUCACUCGACUGUGACUCAGAGUUUUACGCACUCAGAGAUGACCACUCGCAGGAGCAGAGGUCUCGAGGAUGUGUCUUGGACAAGCCCUGCCUCUGUGAAAGAAACUGGCUCUCCAUCUUCCCCACUGAUUGUAUCUACCAUGACAACACCCUCCCCUGAGCCAUCCACGUUACCAGCGAGGAGCCCCUCCUCUCCUACCCCUGUGACCUCACUUCUCACCCGUGGUCUGGGGAAGACCAAAGACACGUUGGGUACAAGUGUGGAACCUGUGUCCAGCUCACCUUCAAGUGAGACUAGCACCACCAUUGACAUACUGUCCACCUCUGAAGCCUCCACAGGAACAGAUGCAAUUCAGCCCUCCAGAAACGCAGCUGCGACCCAUGGGGCCAACCCAAGUUCUGGACAUGAAGCACAUUCCUCUGCCCCAGCUGACUCAGAGGCAUCCAAUAUCACGUCUCCAACGGUUACUCCUUCCACCUCUAGGGACACCCGUGUUUCCACAUCAAUGCCUCACUCUUUAGACACUACAGUGUCUGAGAUAGACUCCACAUCCUCUCUGACUCCUGAACUGAGGAAGACCAGCACCGUCCAGCAGAACAGCUCAGCCCCAGGGAAAAUCACCGUCCUUUCCAGAGUUCCCACUGAUACGACUACUGAGUUCUCUACGACAGAACCCAUCUCCUCUAGCCACACGUCCAUCCCUGGCCCCGUUCAGUCCACGAUGUCGCCAGACAUCCCUACAGGCAUCGUCACCAGGCCCUCUGCCUCUCCUGGGACAACAGAAUCUGCAGAAGUGACCAUGACCACCCAAAGAGGUCCCACUGAGGAUACAUCACAGAACCCACUUACCAUGGGCACUACAACCAACACCUCAGGGGCAGAGAUUCACUCGACUGUGACUCAGAGUUUUACGCACUCAGAGAUGACCACUCGCAGGAGCAGAGGUCUCGAGGAUGUGUCUUGGACAAGCCCUGCCUCUGUGAAAGAAACUGGCUCUCCAUCUUCCCCACUGAUUGUAUCUACCAUGACAACACCCUCCCCUGAGCCAUCCACGUUACCAGCGAGGAGCCCCUCCUCUCCUACCCCUGUGACCUCACUUCUCACCCGUGGUCUGGGGAAGACCAAAGACACGUUGGGUACAAGUGUGGAACCUGUGUCCAGCUCACCUUCAAGUGAGACUAGCACCACCAUUGACAUACUGUCCACCUCUGAAGCCUCCACAGGAACAGAUGCAAUUCAGCCCUCCAGAAACGCAGCUGCGACCCAUGGGGCCAACCCAAGUUCUGGACAUGAAGCACAUUCCUCUGCCCCAGCUGACUCAGAGGCAUCCAAUAUCACGUCUCCAACGGUUACUCCUUCCACCUCUAGGGACACCCGUGUUUCCACAUCAAUGCCUCACUCUUUAGACACUACAGUGUCUGAGAUAGACUCCACAUCCUCUCUGACUCCUGAACUGAGGAAGACCAGCACCGUCCAGCAGAACAGCUCAGCCCCAGGGAAAAUCACCGUCCUUUCCAGAGUUCCCACUGAUACGACUACUGAGUUCUCUACGACAGAACCCAUCUCCUCUAGCCACACGUCCAUCCCUGGCCCCGUUCAGUCCACGAUGUCGCCAGACAUCCCUACAGGCAUCGUCACCAGGCCCUCUGCCUCUCCUGGGACAACAGAAUCUGCAGAAGUGACCAUGACCACCCAAAGAGGUCCCACUGAGGAUACAUCACAGAACCCACUUACCAUGGGCACUACAACCAACACCUCAGGGGCAGAGAUUCACUCGACUGUGACUCAGAGUUUUACGCACUCAGAGAUGACCACUCGCAGGAGCAGAGGUCUCGAGGAUGUGUCUUGGACAAGCCCUGCCUCUGUGAAAGAAACUGGCUCUCCAUCUUCCCCACUGAUUGUAUCUACCAUGACAACACCCUCCCCUGAGCCAUCCACGUUACCAGCGAGGAGCCCCUCCUCUCCUACCCCUGUGACCUCACUUCUCACCCGUGGUCUGGGGAAGACCAAAGACACGUUGGGUACAAGUGUGGAACCUGUGUCCAGCUCACCUUCAAGUGAGACUAGCACCACCAUUGACAUACUGUCCACCUCUGAAGCCUCCACAGGAACAGAUGCAAUUCAGCCCUCCAGAAACGCAGCUGCGACCCAUGGGGCCAACCCAAGUUCUGGACAUGAAGCACAUUCCUCUGCCCCAGCUGACUCAGAGGCAUCCAAUAUCACGUCUCCAACGGUUACUCCUUCCACCUCUAGGGACACCCGUGUUUCCACAUCAAUGCCUCACUCUUUAGACACUACAGUGUCUGAGAUAGACUCCACAUCCUCUCUGACUCCUGAACUGAGGAAGACCAGCACCGUCCAGCAGAACAGCUCAGCCCCAGGGAAAAUCACCGUCCUUUCCAGAGUUCCCACUGAUACGACUACUGAGUUCUCUACGACAGAACCCAUCUCCUCUAGCCACACGUCCAUCCCUGGCCCCGUUCAGUCCACGAUGUCGCCAGACAUCCCUACAGGCAUCGUCACCAGGCCCUCUGCCUCUCCUGGGACAACAGAAUCUGCAGAAGUGACCAUGACCACCCAAAGAGGUCCCACUGAGGAUACAUCACAGAACCCACUUACCAUGGGCACUACAACCAACACCUCAGGGGCAGAGAUUCACUCGACUGUGACUCAGAGUUUUACGCACUCAGAGAUGACCACUCGCAGGAGCAGAGGUCUCGAGGAUGUGUCUUGGACAAGCCCUGCCUCUGUGAAAGAAACUGGCUCUCCAUCUUCCCCACUGAUUGUAUCUACCAUGACAACACCCUCCCCUGAGCCAUCCACGUUACCAGCGAGGAGCCCCUCCUCUCCUACCCCUGUGACCUCACUUCUCACCCGUGGUCUGGGGAAGACCAAAGACACGUUGGGUACAAGUGUGGAACCUGUGUCCAGCUCACCUUCAAGUGAGACUAGCACCACCAUUGACAUACUGUCCACCUCUGAAGCCUCCACAGGAACAGAUGCAAUUCAGCCCUCCAGAAACGCAGCUGCGACCCAUGGGGCCAACCCAAGUUCUGGACAUGAAGCACAUUCCUCUGCCCCAGCUGACUCAGAGGCAUCCAAUAUCACGUCUCCAACGGUUACUCCUUCCACCUCUAGGGACACCCGUGUUUCCACAUCAAUGCCUCACUCUUUAGACACUACAGUGUCUGAGAUAGACUCCACAUCCUCUCUGACUCCUGAACUGAGGAAGACCAGCACCGUCCAGCAGAACAGCUCAGCCCCAGGGAAAAUCACCGUCCUUUCCAGAGUUCCCACUGAUACGACUACUGAGUUCUCUACGACAGAACCCAUCUCCUCUAGCCACACGUCCAUCCCUGGCCCCGUUCAGUCCACGAUGUCGCCAGACAUCCCUACAGGCAUCGUCACCAGGCCCUCUGCCUCUCCUGGGACAACAGAAUCUGCAGAAGUGACCAUGACCACCCAAAGAGGUCCCACUGAGGAUACAUCACAGAACCCACUUACCAUGGGCACUACAACCAACACCUCAGGGGCAGAGAUUCACUCGACUGUGACUCAGAGUUUUACGCACUCAGAGAUGACCACUCGCAGGAGCAGAGGUCUCGAGGAUGUGUCUUGGACAAGCCCUGCCUCUGUGAAAGAAACUGGCUCUCCAUCUUCCCCACUGAUUGUAUCUACCAUGACAACACCCUCCCCUGAGCCAUCCACGUUACCAGCGAGGAGCCCCUCCUCUCCUACCCCUGUGACCUCACUUCUCACCCGUGGUCUGGGGAAGACCAAAGACACGUUGGGUACAAGUGUGGAACCUGUGUCCAGCUCACCUUCAAGUGAGACUAGCACCACCAUUGACAUACUGUCCACCUCUGAAGCCUCCACAGGAACAGAUGCAAUUCAGCCCUCCAGAAACGCAGCUGCGACCCAUGGGGCCAACCCAAGUUCUGGACAUGAAGCACAUUCCUCUGCCCCAGCUGACUCAGAGGCAUCCAAUAUCACGUCUCCAACGGUUACUCCUUCCACCUCUAGGGACACCCGUGUUUCCACAUCAAUGCCUCACUCUUUAGACACUACAGUGUCUGAGAUAGACUCCACAUCCUCUCUGACUCCUGAACUGAGGAAGACCAGCACCGUCCAGCAGAACAGCUCAGCCCCAGGGAAAAUCACCGUCCUUUCCAGAGUUCCCACUGAUACGACUACUGAGUUCUCUACGACAGAACCCAUCUCCUCUAGCCACACGUCCAUCCCUGGCCCCGUUCAGUCCACGAUGUCGCCAGACAUCCCUACAGGCAUCGUCACCAGCCAGUACUUUGCAGACUUGGACACAGCCAGUCAGGACAUCUUUACCACCCAUUAUGGAUACCAGAAUGACAGAGAGUGUUGGUUUGGGAACAGUGACAAGUUCUUCUCAAGUUCUUCCACACUCAACCCAGUUGACAACCCAGGCUUGACUCAGGACUGGCCUCAUUUUACUGUCCCCACCACUGCAGCUGCAAUUCCUUUAUUGAUGCCUUUUACUGUCAACUUCACCAUCACCAACCUGCACUACGCGGAGGACAUGGGAAACUCAGACUCUGAGUUAUUCAGUGCCACUGAGAGAGACCUGCAGCACCUGCUCAGUCCUCUGUUCAAAAAGAGCAGCGUUGGUUCCCUGUAUACCAGCUGUAGACUGACCUUGCUCAGGGCUGACAAGGAUGGAACAAGCACCAGAAUGGAUGCGGUCUGCACCUACCGCCCAGAUCCCACAGGCUUCAGGCUGGACAGAGAACGGCUGUAUUGGGAACUAAGCCAACAGACCCAUGGUAUCACUCGGUUGGGUCCCUACACCCUGGACAGGAACAGUCUCUACGUCAAUGGUUAUAACCAUCAGUAUUGGAUCCCCACCACCAGCACUCCGGUGACCUCUACAUUCUCUCCAGGACCUCCAACAUCUCUGACCUCCACCCCCAGCUCUACAGUUGCAAGCAUGGGCCCAGCCCUGGUGCCAUUCACCCUUAAUUUCACCAUCACCAACCUGUUCUAUACCCCAGACAUGGGGCACAGAGGCUCCGCAAAGUUCAACUUCACUGAGAAGCCUCUGAAUCGCCUGCUUGGUCUUCUGUUCAAGAACACCAGUAUCGGCCCACUGUACUCUGGCUGCAGACUGACUCUGCUCAGGACUGAAAAGGAUGGGGCAGCAACUGGAGUGGAUGCCAUCUGCACCUACCAUCCUGACCCCAUGCAUCCCGGGCUGGACAGAGAAAAGUUGUACCAGGAGCUGAGUCAGCUGACUCAUGGAGUCACCCAGCUGGGCACCUACACCCUGGACCGUAAUAAGCUCUAUGUCAAUGGUUAUAAUGAACAUGGUCCAGAUGAGCCUCUUACAACUCCCGAACCAGCUACCACGUUCCUGCCUACUUCAUCAUCACCUGUGCAACCAGAAUCCACCACAGCUAUGGGACACAACCUGGAGACCCUCACACUCAACUUCACCAUCUCCAACCUUCCAUAUUCAUCAGACAUGAGCAAUGGCUCAGCCAUGUUCAACUCCACCGAGACGGUCCUGCAGCGCCUGCUCGGAUCGUUGUUCCAGAAGAGCAGCCUGGGCCCCUUCUACUCGGGUUGCAGACCAAUCUCCCUCAAACCUGUGAAGGAUGGUGCAGCCACCAGCAUGGAUGCCGUCUGCACCUACCACCCUGACCCCACGGGCCACAGGCUGGACACAGAGCAGCUUUAUUGGGAGCUGAACCAGCUGACCAGUGGUGCCACCCAGAUGGGCUUCUACACCCUGGCCAAGGACAGCCUCUUCGUCAAUGGCUAUGCACCCCAGAGUUUAUCUAUCCAGAGCGAGUACCAGCUAAAUUUCCACAUCAUCAACUGGAACCUCAGCAACCCAGACCCCACGUCCUUAGAGUACAUUGCCCUGCUGAAGGACAUCCAGGACAAGGUCACAAAACUGUACAGAGGCAGCCAGCUACAAGACAUAUUCCACUCCUGCCUGGUCACCAACUUGAUGUUGGAUCCCAUGUCGGUCAGCAUCAAGGCAUUGUUCUCCUCCAAUCUGGACUCCAGCGUGGUGAAGCAAGUGUUUCUAGACAAGACCCUUAAUGCCUCAUCCUACUGGCUGGGUGCCACCUACCAGUUGACAGAUGUGCAUGUGACAGAAGUGGAGCCAUCAAUUCAUCUACCAACAGACCAACCAACAAUCAGUCCCAGCUUCCAGAACUUCCAGCUGAAUUUCACUGUCACCAACUUAAUCUAUUCCCAGGACAUAGCCCCAGGCACCCCCAAACACCAGCGGAACAAGAGAAAUAUUGAGGAUGCGCUCAACCAGCUCUUCCGAAACAGCAGCAUCAAGAGUUAUUUUUCUGACUGUCAAGUUUCAGCAUUCAGGUCUGAGCCCCCCAGCAACCACACUGGGGUAGAUGCUCAGUGUAACUUCUCACCAUUGGCUCAGAGACUGGACAGAGUUGCCAUCUAUGAGGAAUUCCUGCAGCUGACCAAGACUGGUACCCAGCUACAGAAUUUUAUCCUGGACAGGAAUAGUGUCCUUGUGGAUGGGUAUUCUCCCAACAGAAACGAUGUCUUGACUAAGAAUUCGGACCUCCCCUUCUGGGCCAUCAUCCUCAUCUGUCUGGCAGGACUCCUGGGGCUCAUCAUGUGCCUGAUCUGCUGUUUCCUGGUCACUGUUUCCAGGCGGAAGGAGGAGGAAGACUGCGAGGCUCAGCAACAACGCCUGGGCUAUUACCUGCCACGCGUGGACCUGAGGAAGCUGCAGUGA